CAAAUAUAUAAGAUUAUUUUAAGCUACAAUGGGUAUCUCCACGGUUUCUGAAUGGAAUGUACCCGGCAGCCCCGAGGACGAAGAAGCCGUUGAAAGAGCCAGGCAGUUCAAAGUAGGUAUGUACACGAAUCCGAUUUUCUCUACAAACGGGGAUUAUCCACAAUUAGUAAAAGACCUGGUUGCUAAGAAAAGUGCUCUUGAAGGCUUCUCUAAAUCUAGACUUCCCGAAUUCACUUCGGGUGAAAUUGAAUAUAUUAAGGGAACAUCCGAUUUUUUCGGAUUGAAUCAUUACACUACCAGGCUGACGAAAAAUUCUCCAGCAACUGACGGUGAAAUUUCAUUUCAUAACGAUAUGGAAGCGGACGUAUCCUAUGAUCCUAGUUGGCCAAUGGAUCCAGCUAAUAGAUUUGCUAUUAUUCCAUGGGGCUUCAGAAGGCUUUUGGCGUGGAUUAAAAGCACAUAUAACAAUCCUGUUAUUCAUGUUACAGAAAGUGGUUCUCCAGAUUAUGGAGGAUUAGAAGAUAAAGUUAGAAUAUCGUAUAUAGGGCAAUAUCUUGAAGCACUUCUGGAAGCUAUUAAUCAAGACAAUGUGCAUGUACAAAGUUAUUCCGUUUGGUCUUUAAUGGAUAAUUUUGCAUGGAAUGGUGGAUACUUAACCAAAAUUGGACUUCAUUACGUCAAUUUUACGGACCCAGAUCGUCCAAGAAUACCUAAAUUAUCAGCCACUUAUUACAAAAACAUCAUCGCCAGCAGGGUAGUUGGGGACUACCCUCCACUCUCGUAAAGUUAUUUACUAUUUCGAAAUAUGUGUUUGUAUCUUUUGAAAUAAAACAUAUACUACAGUU